AUGUCUGGACUGAGGAUUAAUUUUAAUAAGAGCAGAAUUUACGGUGUUCAUGUUACUCAAUGGUUAAUGGAAGCGGCGUCAAACUUAUUAUCUCGUGACAUUGAUUAUCUUCCGUUUAAAAAUCUUGGUGUUUCUGUUGGUAAAAGUCCUAGAAAGCUGUCAUUGUGGAAAGGUCUCAUUUCUAAUUUGAAGAACAAAUUGUCUGCUUUGAAAGGUAGGUAUCUCAACAUGGCUGGUCGGGUGGUUCUUAUUAAUGUCGUUUUAAAUGCUAUUCCCAUCUAUACGUUAUCCUUCUACAAAGCCUCGUCAAAAGUGAUUCAAGAGAUUCGUCAUAUACAAAGUAAUUAUCUAUGGCAAGGUCGGGAUGGAAAUUAUUCAACUCAUUGGAUUCGUUGGAGUACUGUUUGUCUCUCCAAGGAGAAGGGUGGCCUAGGAAUAAAAGAUGUGAAGACUUUGAAUAUAGCGUUGCUCAACAAAUGGAAGUGGAGGAUAAUUAAUGAGAAAGAAGUUGUUUGGAGAGACAUUAUUAGCCACCGUUAUGCUAAUCUGGUGUUGAAAAUUUUCGUUGGAGAUAAAAGUGUGCUGAGCAAGAAAGACUCCAUUUGGUGGCGAGACUUGAUCUUGUCGGAUGAUUCUGUUAACUCAAAUUUUUGUUUUGCAGGUGGUGUUGUAAGCAAGGUCGCUAAUCGGCGAGGAACAUCGUUUUGGUUUUCUAAUUGGAUGUGCCAGCAAUCUCUGAAGGAUGCUUUUCCGGAGGUGAUCCCUUUAGCUCUUAUCAAUUAUUGUAGUGUUGAAGAUGCUGGCAACUGGCAGGAUGAUGAGUGGCAUUGGAACUUAGAUGGCAUUGUGGAGUCCCAUAAUCCGGUUGUCCAGAACUUUAGAGGCGAAAUCCCUGCUUUGCUUAAUGAUGUGAUUCUGAUCAGAGAAGAUGAAUACAGUUAUGUUUAG